UAAAUAUUGAAGUUAGGAUCCAAAAAUGUUAAGAAGUAUUAGUGGGAUUAAGGCUGGCCGUGGUUCUGUACCAAGUGGGUUGUCUUUGGUUUCUUUAGCCAACAGUUUAACCCAAAUCCGUACUGCCACCAAGAAAGUUUCUGGUUCUAAGACCAAUAAGAAUGAUUCAGCUGGUAGAAGAUUAGGUCCAAAAGCAUAUGAAGGGAAUUUUGUUAAACCAGGACAAAUUAUAAUGAGACAAAGAGGUACUAAGAUCCAUCCUGGAGAAAAUGUUAAGAUUGGUAUUGAUCAUACUAUUUAUGCAUCUGAACCAGGAUAUGUUCGUUUUUAUUUAGAUCCUUUCCAUCCAUUAAGAAAAUAUGUUGGAGUAGCAUUAAAGAGUGGAGUUAAAUUACCAACUCCACAUUUUGCUCCAAGACGUAGAAGAUUUGGUUAUGAAUUAAUCGAAGAUCCUGUCAAGGCUCAACAAGAAGAAGACCAUAUGUCAAGAAAAGAAUAUCUUUAUCAACCAGAAUUAAAGGAAUUAACUAUUGCCAAAGAAAAUUAUAAGCAAGAAACCAUCUCAAAUAUUAAACAAAGCUUACAGAAUGAUUUCCAAUUACAAGAUAUUGAUUAUGAUGUGGCAGCUAGCAGAUUAUUUAAUGUAUUACAAUUAGCUAAAGCAGGUCAAAGUAUUGAAUCUGCUAAGAAACAAGAUAUAUUUGAUUUUUCAUAUAAUUUACAAUUAGCAGUUCAAAGAGGAGAAAUAUCAAAGGAAGAUGCAACUGCCAAAACUUCUGAAUAUAUUAGUUUAACUCAACAAUUGGAAAAAGAUGUCAAUAUCGAUAUUGAUGGAUCUGUCUAUAAAUACUUAACUAAAGAACAAGUGGCCAGUAAACAAGAAGAAAUAAUACAAAAACUUGAAACUGAAUUCUAUAAAUUACUUUCUAAAGAUGAAAAGGAUCAAGUUUCAAAAUUAAUCAAUACUCCAGGAGUAUUUUCAACUGAACAACGCUCAACAUUAACUCAUAAAUUCUUGCCAGAUUUUAUUCCAUAUGAUGUUCCAGGAUCUGUCAUAGAAAACAUUAAUCCAGAAACUGUAUCCAAAGAUAUUGUAGUACAAAGAGUAUUUGAUGAAACCACUAGAUCCACUAGAAUUAUUGGUAGACCUCAAGCAGUAUUCCAAUAAAUUCAUAGCCUGUAAAUAUAAAUACACGACCCCGUACAUAGUAAAAAAUAAAAAAAGAUUUAAGAUCUUUAAUGUAAAACG